AUGAAAGACAUCACUAGCGGCCUCUUCAAGCUCCCCACCCGGGAGGAGCGCGUCGCCAACAGGGCUGGUGCGCCCCUGAACCCGUUCAAGCUGAUGGCCAUGUUGACGCCCAUGCAAGGAGCCAUGUUCUUCAGCGGUUGGCUCGCAUGGACUAUGGAUGCCAUCGACUUUUUCUCCGUCUCGCUAUCCGUCAACCGCCUCGUCGAAUUCUUCGAGAGAGACGCGCAUACCAUCACCACUUCGAUCACUCUCACCUUACUCUUCCGUUCCUUGGGUGCCGUCGUUGCUGGUCUCAUCUCUGAUCGUUACGGCAGAAAGUGGCCUCUGGUCGUCAACCUCCUGCUCAUCGGCGUGCUCUCGCUCGGUACCGGAUUUACUCAGACCUUUCCGCAAUUCCUGGCUGUGCGAUGCUUGUUCGGCAUUGCUAUGGGUGGUAUUUGGGGCAUGGCGACUGCUACUGCUCUUGAGAACAUGCCCGUGGCGCCUCGUGGACUGUUCUCUGGUAUUCUGCAGCAGGGCUACGCUGUCGGCUACCUCCUCGCCGCUUCCGUCAACCUGACUUGGGUUCACCGCACGGACAAUUGGCGCAUCCUCUUCUGGCUCGGGGCUGGCUUGUCAGCAUUCGCAGCAAUCGUCAGAGCUCUGUUGCCCGAAUCCGAGCUCUUUGAACGUCAAAAGGCUGAACGUAAGGCAAAUCCCAACACGACCACCGGAGAGAGUCCUGCCAAAAUUUUCUGGCGCGAGACUGGUCAGAUGCUCAAGACCCACUGGCCACGUGUCGUAUAUGGCAUUCUGCUCAUGACUGGGUUCAAUUUUUUAAGUCAUUCAAGUCAAGACUUGUAUCCCACCAUCAUCCAGACAACCAAGCUUGCACGUUUGCCGACGCCCGAGGCCAGUGCGCUCGCAAGCAAAGCCACCAUCAUUGGCAAUUGCGGCGCCGUUGCGGGAGGUCUGGUUGCAGGCUACAUCAGUCAAUUCCUCGGCCGUCGUCUGACCAUCAUCGGCUUCGUUUUGAUGACUGGAGCGCUCAUUCCCGCCUGGAUCCUACCGACCAGCUUCUCGGGUCUGGCUGCCGGCGCAUUCUGGAUCCAAUUCGGUGUGCAAGGCGCGUGGGGAGUCGUGCCCAUCUUUCUCAGCGAGAUCUCGCCUCCGGCUUUCCGCGCUACCUUUGCUGGAACAGCAUACCAGAUUGGUAACAUGGUGUCGUCAGCGUCGGCACAGAUCGAAGCAACUGGAGGUGAACACAACCAAAUCGCAAAUCCUCGGUACAAUCCGGCGCUCCCAGUCUCCUCAAAGAAUGAGCUUACCAUUCCGGAUUACGCAAAGGUCUCUGCCAUCCUGCUGGGAGUUGUCUGCGCCUACUUGGUUGCUGUGGUCGUGCUGGGUUUGCCCGAGCAGCACGGCGCGCACUUCGAAGAGGCGCCAGUCGCCACUGUUGCACAUGCAGGUGAGGUCAAGCCUGACGACCUGGAGAAGGGAGACCGCAUCGACCAACACAGCUCCACGGAGCACGUGGGAGACCGUGCCAUUGACUCUAACGACAACAGCGAGAAGGGCUCGCAGAAGGGACACUAG